AUGCCACUGACAACACCCAGAUGCAUAACUUACGCGCUGCAGUCGAUCGACAAAACGACCUUGUCGUAUGCUGCCGUUUUUGGACUGGCCGAUGAAACCCACCUUUCCGGGUCUGAAUACCCAUGGCUCGGAGCUAUCUUCUACCUCGGGUACAUGUUCUGGGAAUGGCCGACUUCAUACCUGCUCCAAAGGUAUCCACUCGCAAAGUUCUUAGGCGUGUCGGUAAUUCUCUGGGGCGUCACGUUGACCUGCCACGCGGCUGGCCACAAUUUUGCUGGACUAGCAACGGCAAGAUUCUUCUUGGGUGUGUUCGAAGCCUGCAUACAACCGGUGACAAUGGUCAUGUUCAGUAUUUGGUACACACGUAUGGAACAGCCACUACGCCUGGGUAUCUGGAUCGGUUGCGCCGGACUUGGCUAUGUCGUUGCCGGUAUCACGAGCUUCGGUAUUGGACAUAUCCACGGCGCUUUGUCCAGCUGGCGAUAUACGUUUCUCAUAUGGGGAUUCGUCACUAUCGCUUGGGGCAUUGUGGUACUUCUGUUCCUGCCUGAUAAUCCUGUCUCAGCUAAGUUUCUGUCGGAAGAUGAGAAGAGAGGCGUUACCGAGCGUGUCAAAGCCAACAGUACCGGGCUUGAAGAGAAGACUUUCAAGAAGGCUCAAAUGUGGGAGACGCUGUCAGACACAAAGACCUGGUUACUCUUCAUCUUCGCAAUUAGCUCGAACGCGCCCAAUGGGGGCUUGUCUACCUUCCAGGGCCUCAUUAUUCGCGGUCUUGGAUUUUCGAAACUACAGACGACACUGAUCCAGAUGCCUUCAGGUGCCAUCCAGUUUGUGGUUUGUAUCGUCGCAACUUUCGUCGCCUCUUCCUUCGAGAACGCAAGACUGCUCACUAUGUUUGCAUGUCUGCUGCCGACAUUAGCUGGUGUCAUUGGAAUGUGGACACUGCCAUCAAGCGUACCUUGGGGCCGCUUGGUGUGUUUGUGGAUUACGUUCACCUACACCGCCACAUGGACACUUUCCAUGUCUGUCGUGACAGCAAACACCGCUGGACACACUAAGAAGUCAACAAGCGCUGCAAUGCUGCUCAUUGGCUAUUGUCUUGGCAAUUUCAUAGGACCGUUUUUCUUCCGCAAAGCCCAAGCGCCGCGAUAUGAGCUAGGUGUGGGUAUGAUGCUGACCUGCCUUGGUAUCCAGUUCCUUAGCAUCCUAGGCUUGUAUCUGCUGUUCCUCUCCCGGAAUCGUUCGCGAGCUGCUAAGAAUGCACUGUCGGCGGACCAUAUUGCUGAGGGAGAGAUACGAGGGCUCCACGACGAGACGGAUCUUCAGAACCAAAACUUCAAGUAUGUGUAUUGA